UAUUUUUAACACUUCAUUGAUUUUUUUUUUGUGUUGGCAACAAGGACACGUGCCUCAGAUUCUGUGCUCCACAUAUGUGUAUUAAUGGCUGACUCAAGCAGAGGCUAUUCUAAGCAGCAGGUUCCAGUGGAAAGCAGUGGGACAGACACAGAGACACAGAGCAGCGGGCUGCAUGUCUGAAGGGACGAGGGACACGGAGGCAGGAGAGGAGCUGCUAACUGAACCUAUAAAAAACAACAGGCAGUCCUCCGGAAGGAUUAACUCCAUAUUGGUGCUAACAUGGCACUGCCCUCUGUGAUGGUGUUGCCCCUCCUGAUAGUUGUGGCUGCGGGGAUAUAUUACAUCUACAAUGAGGUCAUGCACCUCAUGUCCAAGUCCUUAGUGCGAAACAAAGUGGUGGUGAUCACAGACGCUGUGUCCGGAGUGGGAACUGAAUGUGCCCAGCUGUUCCAUAAGGGUGGAGCCAGACUGAUCCUUUGUGGGACCAGCUGGGAUAAGCUGGAGUCUCUGUUUGACAGUCUCACUAAUGACGCAGACCCCAGAGAGACCUUUGCUCCAAAGCUAGUGAUCCUGGACUUCAGUGAUAUGGACAGCAUGGAGGACGUGGUGGCUGAGGUGCUGGAGUGUUACGGCUACGUGGACGUCCUGAUCUGUAACAGCAGCGUGAAGCUGAAGGCCCCGGUGCAGAGCAUCUCCCUGGAACUGGACAGGAACAUCAUGGACGUUAACUAUUUCGGCCCCAGCACUCUUGCGAAAGGUGUUCUUCCACCUAUGAUUUCAAGAAGAUCGGGACAUGUUGUACUGGUCAACAGCAUCCAGGGCCGACUGGCCAUCCCAUUCAGAAGCUCAUACGCCGCCUCCAAGCACGCGGCGCAGGCCUUCUUCGACUGCCUGCGGGCGGAGGUGGAGGAGUACGGGAUCGUCGUCAGCACCGUCAGCCACACUUUCAUCAACGCGUCCGACCCGCCCCCUGCUGAGGAGCCGGCGGGCCCCAAGCCCAGCGCCCUGGCUGCAUUUGUCGCCAGUCAGCUGACCCACGGCGUGCGUCCAUGCGUCCUGGCCAAUGAGAUUCUGCACACGGUGAACAGGAAGAGGAAGGAAGUGGUGCUGGCCCACCCCGUCCCCAGGGUGGCCCUCUACCUCCGCUCCCUCGUCCCCCCCGUCCUCUUCGCCGUGCUGGCUGCCGGAGUGAAGGACUCGGCGCUGGCUGCGGAGCUGCAGUAGGAGACAGGCAGCGAGGCGUGAAGCAAGGCGAGCGUGAAACCGCCCGACGUAUUGAAGUCGGUGAGACUGAGGUGAAGCAAAGCGGAGUUCACUGAAUUCAGUGGCAUGUUUUAAGUAUUGGGGCAACUUAGCAACAACACACAGUUACAUGUAUCCGUCACAAACAUUCAAAUUGCUUGUAGAAAUGUAAACGUGUUUUUAAACUGUAAUGGCAACAAAAACUGAGAAAACUGUUACUUCUUUUUGACAUUGUUCUAAUGUUGUUUAUUAUAAAAUCACCCCUUUUUUAUGUAUAAAGGCACAAUAAAAUGAUUAAAAGUCAGCCUCUCAGUAAAGUCAUAUACAACACCACCACCAAUCAGCACCUUAAUGAAUUAAAGGGGCUCGUAUUUAAAUUAGCUCUAGUUCCAGUUAUGAAAUGCAUAAACAUAAACUGUAUUUUGCAAUUAAGGCAAGGCUGUAAAGCAGUUGUAAUGUUGUCAGAAUCUUAACACUUAUUGGAAUGAGCCUAAUGUCAAAUUAAGAAGCGAAUAUAAAAUGAUUUAUUUGCACGCUGUGA